AAAUCACGAAAACAUGGUGCAGAAGCAUUGUGAGUGGGAUGUAUAAGAGUUAGCAAUCCACAUGAGAUUUCAAAAUUAUUUUUCAGGAAUAAGAAAACAAACAGGGAAAAGGCAAAAACAUGCAACUCCUGAGGGCAAUAGGAUUGUUCCGAGGAAACAUUUUAAUCUUAAGUGCCACAAUAGGGGCAGGAAUCUUUGUGUCUCCGAAAGGGGUGUUAAAAUAUUCCUCACUGAAUGUGGCUGUCUCCCUGAGUAUCUGGGCGGCUUGUGCGGUGCUGACUUUGAUCUCUGCCCUCAGCCAUGCAGAGCUGGGGACGACCUUCCCUAUAAGUGGAGCACAGUAUUAUUUCCUCAAAAGAUCUCUUGGUUCCUCUGUUGCUUUCCUCAAUCUUUGGAUCAAACUAUUUACUCAUCCCUUAAGACUAGCUACUGAAAGCUUGUUAUUAUCUACCUAUACUAUUCAGCCUUUCUACGCUGGGUGCCCAGCUCCAGAGCUACCAAAGAGAUGUCUAGCGUUGGCUGUUCUGUGGUCUUUGGGACUUCUAAACGCUCGAGGCGUGCAAACUGUGGCUUGGCUUCAAACUGUCAGCACUUUGGCGAAGAUGACUGUACUCUGCUUCAUUUGCCUUGCUGGGAUUGUGCUGUUAGGGAUGGGGGAAAAGGAGAAUGUGGCCAGGUUCGAGAACGCUUUGGAUGCCGAGCUUCCUGACGUCUCACAGGUUGCAGAAGCCUUCCUGCAAGGAUUGUUUGCAUAUUCUGGCACGUCAAUACUGAACAGCAUGGCAGGAGAGAUAAAAAAUCCUGGUAAGAACAUCCCCAAAUCUCUGAUUACUGGCAUUCCCAUGGUGGCUGUGGUUUACUUACUGGCCAAUGUAUCCUACCUGGCAGUUUUGACUCCCAAGGAAAUCGUCUCUGCAGAUGCUGUUGCUCUCACCUGGACGGACAAAAUCAUCCCUUCUAUGCAGUGGGUCAUUUCUUUUGGAAUUUCAACUUCAGUAUUUAGCUCCAUGUGCUGUACAGUGCUUUCAGCUUCAAGGAUGAUCUACACAGCAAGCCAAGAAGGACAACUGCCUUUGAUCUUCUCAAUGCUCAAUAACCACUCCUGUCCGACCAUGGCUGUGAGCCAGAUAAUCAUCUUAACUUCCAUUGUUAUUAUCACCUCAGAUUUAAUCAAUUUAAUAAGAUAUUCAGGAUUAGCAUUAUGGUUUUUAAGAGGGCUACAUAUGAUAGGUUUACUUAAACUAAGGUACCAGGAACCCAAUCUACCUAGACCCUACAAGGUGCCUUUGCCAUUUAUAUUUGGAUCCAUAGCUAUAUCUUUGUUUCUGAUUUUGACGCCAUUGAUUAAAACUCCUAAAAUGGAGCAUGUCUAUGGGCUUAUCUUUAUAUUCAGUGGACUCUUGUGUUACUGGAUUCAUGUUCAUCUUAAUCAACAUUCUGUGUGUUUUGUCAAAGUCACCUGUUAUUUACAAUUACUGUUUAAUGUUUCACCACCUGAAGACCACAAUGAAGGCAUUUCAACAGAAAAAAAUGAUCUUAAAGAAAUCAUUUUGUAGAUAAGAAAUUUUGCACUGUAAAAUUUGUAGUGAAUGAAUGCAUUCUUAAAGGUAAGCUCUGUCUUAAACUAUGCACUCACAAACACAAAGCCUGCCACCUCCUGCCCUUUUCCCAGCUACACGUAACCGAUUUACCUCUCACUUGGUUAUGUGCUCAGAUUCUUUACAGUUCAAAUUAUUUCCCUUGUAAUCUAAGCUUUAGCUCCUUAGUGUCCAGUAUGUUUCUCACCACUAUUUUCCUGGUCAGAAAUUUUAAAUGAAUGCAUGCACACACAAACACACACAAAGUUGAAAAGGUAUAAUAUGACUUAAUCACUUAAUUACUGCCUACUUCUGUGUGUAGAAAAUAUUAUAAUGCUGUAUGCCUGAAAUAUUAUCAUAUUGUAUACCUGAAACUAAUAAAAUGUUGUAU